AAAACGACAUCGCUUGAAGAGAGUUGUUGACGAAAGUUGGACCCUAGCCGAUGCUAUCGGGGGCACUAAGUCACUGAUGCGACCAAGAAUGGCGAAAUCACGGCCUAAAUCCAAAACCCUAGAUUUCACUUCCAUCCACCACCAUCAUCCCCUCCUAGAUGCUGACUAUGAAACAUCUCCUGCUCUUUUUCUUCACCUUCCUCCACAUAUUCUACGAAAAUUGGGUCCCUAACCCCUCCUGCAACGUGGUUCACAGUGGCAACAAUCAAGAAAUCGAUCAGGGAGACCUUACAAAAGUGGAAGAUGAUCUUAAGGUUAUGAUGGUCGCUGAUUUGCUCUUGACGGGACAUGAAACAGCAUCUGGAUCCUUUGAUCUACACUUGAAAGACUUCUUCUUUUCUCGAUUCUUCAGACCAAUUGGUGUCUUCCUUUGAAGGAUUCACACAUAAAAGAUUCAUAAUCUGAUCCCUCACAUGUUGAUAUUUCAACCAGAAAUCAUUUGAAUUCCUGAAGCCUGAUAUGCUGAUUGUAUUAGGAGACGUAUCUGCACAAGGAGCAAAGUUAAGUACAAGCAAAUGGUCAUUUGUGCUACAAGAAUUUCACAGUUUGUUGGGUCCAUUUCUUGACCUACCAUACCAUGUUGUUCCUGGAGAUAGAGACAUCGGAGAAUGCAAUGGCCUGAAAGAAAAAUCUGUCAACAAAAUAACUAGAAAUUUUCCAGGAUUGGAUUCCGGUGGUUGUGGUGCAUUUGAAAUUGGUAAUGUUAAUUUUGUCUCACUUAACUCAGUGGCAUUGCUAUGUGGAAACAGUGACCUACGUUUUAGUGUUGAAAAGGCUCUGGAAAGAGAACGUAUAGAAAUGGAAACGGAAAGCACGAUUGAUGAGUCCUCUGGAAUCAAGAUUCCAAAGUAUGACAUUAAUUGGAGAGAAAACACAAUGUCUUCUGGUUCGGGUCCUGUACUUUUGCUUCACUUUCCAUUGCAUCAAACAGAAAACAACAACUCAAGACCCGAACCAUCAAAAACAAGCCAACAUAUUGGGGUUGGACCAUAUGAGUUAUCACAAAUGCUUCCACCAAAUGCAACUGAAUAUAUCUUCCAUGCUCUUAGGCCCAGGAUGGUUUUUAGUGCACAUGCUCAAAGUUUUUCAGAUCGGAUUCAUCCAGAUGGGACCCGCGAGAUAGUUGUUCCUGCCAUGUCAUGGGAUACAGGGAAGAACCCUGCUUUUGUUGCUGUAACUUUUAGAAAGAAUAAGAAUGCUACUUCUGCCAUUGUUAGUCAUUGCAAGCUUGCUGGAAGAUCUCAUGUUCUACUGUUUUACAUGUCUCUAUUCUUUCUGCUCAUAUUAACUGUUCAAACAGCUUUAAGAAGUUGAUAUAAAUUGCCCUCUCAAAUUCGUGAACCAUUUGCUUUCACAAAUCACAUCACAGGAAAUGACUACAGUGUAAUUUGUCAUCUUGUGUUUGUGUUUGACUUUUUGCAAUCUCAAGAUUAACUACUUUGAGAACUCAUGUUUAUAAAGUUGAUCAUAAACAUUUCAAGAAAGAUGUUAGAGAUGUUAUUAAAAUGCAAGAA